AUGGCGGAACACGGAACCCGCCGCACCACCACCGACCGCCUGGAAGAAGCCAUUGCUGCCCUCUCCGAGAGACAUUCUGACCUUGCCAACAAAGUCGAGGCCAUGUGCGAACGUCUCUCACACGUCUCCCACCCCACCCGGCCAUCAACUCAACCUUCGUUUUCCUCCAGACCACCUGUCAAGCUGGAUGUCCCCCGAUUUGACGGCCAUCAUCCACUAGGUUGGAUCUUCAAAAUCUCGCAGUUCUUUGAGUAUCAAGGAACCCCGGAGGAAGAACGCAUUACAGUGGCCUUUUUUUACCUUGAUGGGCCAGCACUCAGCUGGUUCCAAUGGAUGUUCAAGAAUGGAUUCAUCACAUCGUGGCCGGCGAUACUCCAGGCAAUCGAGGCCCGCUUUGCUCCUUCAUUCUACGAUGACCCACGAGGAAAUUUGUUCAAGUUGAUCCAAAAGGGCUCAGUGACGGAGUACCUCACUGAAUUCGAGAGGUUAGCUAACCGAAUCACCGGCCUUUCCCCUUCAGUGUUGCUUAGUUGCUUCAUCUCCGGCUUAAGCCCGGAGAUCAGACACGAAGUACAAGCUUUUCAACCCAUCUCGUUACCCCAAGCCACCUCGUUAGCUCGUCUUCAAGAAGACAAAAUAAAUGAUCGUAAGAAACACUAUUACUGGCCUUCCUCUUCAUUUCCACCACCACAACCACCCUCCUCACAUCCAAACAGCAACCACCAACCUAAACCCAAGACCCCUUUCAUCCAGAGAACUCAAGAGGACAUGGCCUACAGGCGUGAAAAGGGCCUAUGUUAUAAUUGCGAUGAGAAAUGGAGCUCCUCGCACAGGUGUAAGGGACGCGUCUUGCUUCUCAUCGCUGAUUCUGACGAGUCCUCGCCGACGGAAUCAUCCUUCGAUGUACAGGCGCCCACAAUACCACUCGAACCUAACCUAGACCCACUUGAACCUCACUCAACCUUUGACCCAACCACGUAUCAACCUCAUAAUAGCCUCCAUGCCAUGGCAAGAGUUCCUGCUACGGACACCUUUCGUCUCUACGGUUCCAUUAACAGCACAUGCGUCACUAUCUUAAUCGAUAGCGGGAGUAUGCAUAACUUCAUUCAACCACGACUCGCCAAGUUCUUCAACCUACCCCUCAAAGACACUGUCCCUCUCAGGGUAAUGGUAGGGAAUGGCUCAGUCAUGGAUUACAGGCAAUUGUGUGCCGAUACGAAGCUUCUAGUCCAGGAACAUGCGCUCACGGUCACCUUGCGUGUACUUCCGGUAAGUGGAGUUGAGGUGGUCCACGCAUCGAAUGGCUUCGCACCUUGGGCCCUAUCAUCACCAACUACUCUUCCUUCACCAUGCAAUUCUCGUACGAAGGCAAGCCUAUCAAUCUUCACGCAGAUGUUCAGACGGACUCUAGCCCCGCCUCAACAAACCAAGUCAGACGAAUGCUUUCCACCAGUUCAACUUCAGCAACCUUCAUCUCCACCUCCUUCCCGACAACACGACCACCAUAUUAAUAUCCUUCCUACAGCUAACCCCAUCAACGUGCGCCCGUAUAGGUAUCCCCAUUUCCAGAAGACGGAGAUCGAGCGUCAAGUCACAGCUCUGUUGGACUCCGGUCUCAUCCGGCCAAGCCGCGGUCCAUUUUCUUCUCCAGUAUUGUUGGUGAAGAAGAAAGAUGGUGUGUAG